AUGUCAUGGUAAACAAGUUUAAGUAAAAAUUGUUUAUAUCGCAAUCAGAUAAAUGUGAAAGUCGAAGAAAAUUUGCUGAUUAAAUAAUAAAUAAAUUUUGAUCAAAUAUUAAUUGAAGAAAAACUAUCAGAAGAAAGUGACGCAUUGGAAAAUGAACUAAUUACAGCCAAACAUGGAAGUAGUUAAAUUUGGAAAAGAAGGUACUUUGGACGAAAAUGUUAGAGAAGAAAAUGUGCUGAUUAAAAAAGAAAUAAAUUUGGAAGAAAUUUUUAUUAAAGAAGAAAUAUUAGAAGAAAAUGAUAAGGAUGAAACCGAUCAAUCAGAAGUGAAAAGUUCUUUAAAAGCUCAACAGAACAAACCAUAUUCAUGUGAGUUUUGUGACAAAAAAUUUAAAUGUCCAAGUGAUUUAGCUGGACAUCAACGAAUUCAUACUGGAGAAAAAGGGCAGUUCUCUUGUGCAGAUUGUGAUAAAACAUUUACUUAUGCAAGCAAAUUAAAAACGCAUCAAAUAAGUCACACGGGAGAAAAACCAUUUUCAUGUGAAAUUUGUGAUAAAAGAUUUCGACAACAAAAUUAUUUAAUCGCGCAUCAACGAAUCCAUACUGGAGAAAAACCAUUUUCUUGUGUAGAUUGUGAUAAAACAUUCACUUUUGCAAGCUGUUUAAGAAGACAUCAAGUACUUCACACGGGAGAAAAACCAUUUUCAUGUGAAAUUUGUGAUGAAAAAUUUACUCAUAAAAGAACUUUAAGUAAACAUAAAAUAGUUCACGUUGAUAAAGAUUCUAUCGAUGAAGUAUUUCGAGAAAAAAAUGGUUUGAUUAAAGAAGAACUAAUUGAUAUCGAAGAAAAACCAUUUUUAUUGAAUUUUGACGAAAAUAUGGCAGAAGAAAAUGUGCUGGUUAAAAAAGAGAUCGACUUGGAACAAACCUUUAUUAAAGAAGAAAGUGAGAAAAUCGUAGGUGAACCAAUUACAGCUGAAGAUGGAACCGAUCAACUAGAAGUGAAAAGCUCUUCAAAAGUUCAACAAAAUAAACCACAUUCAUGUGAUUUUUGUGACAAAAAAUUUAAAUCUCCAAGUGAUUUAGUCGCGCAUCAACGAAUCCAUACCGGAGAAAGACCUUUCUCAUGUUUAGAUUGUGAGAAAACAUUUAUUUUUGCAAGCACUUUAAAAAGACACGAAAGAAGUCACACUGGAGAAAAACCAAUUUCCUGUGAAGUUUGUGAUAAAAGAUUUCAAGAUCGAAGAGAUUUAAUUGUGCAUCAACGAAUCCAUACUGGAGAAAAACCAUUUUCGUGUAACAUUUGUGAUAAAAAAUUUGCUCAAUAUAACAAUUUAAUUGAUCAUACACGGACUCAUACUGGUGAAAAACCAUUUUCAUGUGAAAUUUGUGAUAAAAAAUUUACACAACGUAGUGCGUUAAACAGGCAUAAAGUAACUCAUACUGGAGAAAAAUCAUUUCCAUGUGAAUUUUGCGGUAAAAAAUUUAGUUAUAAAUGUACUUUAAUUAAACAUAAAAGAACUCACAACCAGGACGAUCGUAGCGAAAAAGGAUUCGAAGAAGAAAAUGUACAAAUUAAAGAAGACGUAAAUUCGGAGCAAAUAUUGAUUAAAGAGGAAAUAUUAGAAAAUAUGACGCAAUGAUGAUUGAUAUAAUUUUAAAAAUUGUUAGAAAUUUUAUAUAUUA